GCUUAAGCCAUUGGCUGUACAUCUCGGAUGAAGAACAUUUAAAUUUGUGUUUGAAAAUUCUGCACGAUAGAGCGCCAGCGGUGACGGAAGUCAUAUUUGUUUAAAAUUACUUACCUACAAGAUAAUUGUUCAAAAGAAACAAUAGAGUUGACGUUUACAGUAUUGAGAGUUCUGCAAACAUGUCUACGCACAACUCAUUCAGUGUCGCAAAAAAGGAUGAGAAGGGGAGAAAUAUUCAAGUCGUUGUGAGAUGCAGACCCUUCAACAACGCGGAACGCAAGUCUGCCGCCCAUGGAGUCAUUGACACAGUAGAAAAUCGAAAAGAGAUCAAUGUGCGAACGGGGGGGAUUGGCGACAAGGCAGCUAGGAAGACGUACACCUUUGAUAUGGUGUUUGGUCCAUCUGCCAAGCAAAUUGAUGUCUACAAGAGUGUUGUCUGCCCUAUUUUGGAUGAAGUGAUAGGUGGAUACAAUUGUACAGUUUUUGCGUAUGGCCAAACGGGAACAGGGAAGACUUUUACAAUGGAAGGAGAAAGAUCUCCAAAUGAAGAAUUUACAUGGGAAGAGGAUCCUCUUGCUGGUAUCAUUCCCCGGACACUUCAUCAGAUAUUUGAGAAGCUCACUGAAAGUGGGACAGAGUUUUCUGUCAAGGUUUCCUUGCUGGAGAUCUACAAUGAAGAGUUGUUUGACCUGCUGAGCCCUUUUCCUGACGUCACUGAACGUCUUCAGUUGUUUGAUGAUCCACGUAACAAGAGGGGUGUUAUCAUCAAAGGCCUAGAAGAAAUCACAGUACACAACAAAAAUGAGGUAUACCAGAUUUUGGAGCGUGGAUCUGCCAAGAGGAAAACUGCCUCCACACUCAUGAAUGCCUACUCCAGCCGCUCUCACUCGGUGUUCUCCGUCACGAUUCAUAUGAAGGAGAUAACUGUUGAUGGAGAGGAACUGGUCAAGAUUGGAAAACUUAACUUGGUUGACCUUGCUGGCAGUGAGAACAUCGGUCGGUCCGGCGCUGUGGACAAGCGGGCGCGUGAGGCUGGCAACAUCAACCAGUCUCUGCUGACACUGGGCAGGGUGAUCACUGCACUGGUGGAGAAGAGGCCCCAUGUGCCCUACAGGGAGUCCAAACUCACCCGCAUCCUCCAGGACUCAUUGGGAGGCCGCACUAAGACUUCCAUCAUUGCCACAGUUUCACCAGCCUCCAUCAACUUGGAGGAAACUCUGAGCACACUGGAUUAUGCCAACAGGGCCAAGAACAUCAUGAACAAGCCUGAGGUGAACCAGAAGUUGACAAAGAGAACUCUUAUCAAGGAAUACACAGAGGAAAUUGAGCGUCUAAAACGGGAUUUGGCUGCCACUCGUGACAAGAAUGGAGUGUAUCUGUCAUCUGAGAACUAUGAGAGCAUGGCAGCUGCGAUAUCUUCCCAAGAGGAUCACAUAACUGAAUACACAGAGAAGAUUGCUGCAGUGGAGGAGGAACUGAAGAGCGUUACAGAGCUGUUUGAGGAUCGCAAGGAGAAGCUGGACAAGUGUACCAAUGACCUGGAGGAGAAGAACCAGAAGCUGCAGGAGACUCACAGGGACCUGCAGAAGACCAAGCAGAAGCUCACUGAGGAGGAGUUUAUAGUGUCUGAGCUGUCCACCACCGAGGAGAAACUGUACACCACUGCAGACAAGUUGCUGACAACUGUUGACGAAAGCACCAAAGAUGUGUCUGGCCUGCAUGCGAAGCUGGAGAGGAAGAAAAAGGUUGAGGAGCACAACUCUGAGAUCCAGAUGAGUUUCGCAGACUGCAUGGAUGCUAUGUUCAGCCAGAUGCAGAAAUCUGUAGAAGACCAGCACAGCAAGCACCAGGGCAUGCUGGACACCUACAAAACCUCAGUUGAGGGUCUUCUCGUAGUCAACGACAAAGCUUUCAAAGGAGCCAUGGCUACUGUAGCCACAUCCUUCUGCAGCAUCACAGACCUGGUUGCUGAUGGCAUGACCAAGUGUCAGGCUAAGAUGAUGGAGCAGGAGAUGCUGUGUGUGGAGGCUAAAAACAGUCUGCACCAGGUUUUGGAGGAGCAUAAGCUGGAGCUUGAGGAGGUCCUGGUGGCCCAGGUGUUGCCUGGUCUGAGUGCUGUCAUGGCCAUGAAUGACAGUCUGAGGAAGACACUGGAGACCCACCAUGUCCUGGCAGCUAAGAUGGAGUCCGUGAAGGUGGAGACGACGUCGUUCUUCAGUAGCCAUGCCCAGGACCUGGCUACCCUGAGGGAGACUGCAACAGAAGGUCUCGGCUCCCUAAAGACUGAGCACGACAACUUGAAGGAACAGAUCAGCAGAGCAGACAAGGCACACCAGACGGGAAUGACCCAGGUGAUCCAGUGUCUGCAGAACCAGCUCAACCUCCUGGCCAUGGAGACCCAGAAUAACUAUGCCGGCCUGAUGAAUGCCUCCGACGCCCUGCAGGUCCCUAUUCAGUCCCUUCAGCAGACCCUUCAAACGAGAUGCAGUGUGUCUGAGAACCAGACCGCCACCCAAAAGGAACGUCUAGAGUCUACCACUGCCAGCUUGAUCUCUGAGGUCCAACAGACUGCCCAGGAGGCCAUGCGCACAGUGGACGAGUCUUCCGGCUACUGCAGCCACCUGCACAGCUCUCUGACCCAGCUAGUUGAGAAGAGUCUGCAGUGGUGUGCCUCUACCGAAGAUGGCAUUGACUCCCAGGCUCAGCUCACACUGAUCAGAGACCAAACCGCUUCUGCUCAGACCCUGCUAACGAGAGUGGAGCAGAGCUGUGAGGAGAGAGUCCAGGAAGUUAGUGGGCAGCUGAAGCAGCAGCAGGAGAUGGUGAAGGAGGGUCUGGGGUCCAUGAAGGAGCAGACGUCACUGGACCAGAACACCCUGGAACACCACCAGACGGAACUCAAGGCUCACUUGGAGGAUGGCCUGUCCCGUGUCCACAGCUUCCUCAGCGAUGAACUCCUACAGGAUGUCCCAACUGGUGCAACUCCUCGGAGAAGGGAAUUUGUGUACCCUCGUCUCUUGGCCAAGUCGAAGAGCAGAGCAGAACUGCUGGAGAACCUCUGCCACAAGCAGGAGGAGCUGCAGACGGCCCUGUUCCAGUGUGACGCAUUGGAGGAGGAGAAGCAGGUUGAUCAGGACUCUCUGGAGGAUGAGGUGAGCGGCUAUGGCUACGUCACUGAGCCGCCUUACAUAGACGAAAACCUCAUGUGCUACGAGAGCGGGAGAGUGCCGUUCUUCAAGCAAAAGAAGACCGGCAAGAAAGAAAAAUCUGUUAAUCGUUCCAAGAUGGUAGAUAAUGAUACUCAGGCAACGCCGGUCAGGUCAAAGUUACCACUCAGGUGUCAGAACUAGUUCUAGAUUUUCAACAUUUCUAGCCCCUCUGAGUUUCACGGUUGAUGAUAUGCUCCAUCCGCUCCGUUAUCCACCACAAAUCAGUCAAUGUCCAAAAGGGGUAGAACCAGCUCACCUGCUUUUACACCAUGAUUUAACCAUUAGAUGUUCAGUGUUUAUUUUUUUUUUAAGCUGCAAUAUGGACCUGACCAAAGUCUAAUAGAAAUGUUAUAGAUCUGUCAUUCAAAAUUAAAGCAAGUCAAAAGUGCUAGAUCUGUUCUAUGCUACCUGUUUUUUUUUUUUGAUUUUGUACACCAGCUUCAAACUGAAAAUACUAUUUUUGGUUAUUGAAAUAUAUUUCACAGCGGUUUAGAUGGUACAAUGAUUCUGUACACUAUACAUUGCUUGUUUUAUCGCAAACUGAAAUGAGGUAAACUAAGAAUUUUUGCAACCAGGAAAUGGCGGAUUUCUGCAUACUGCACCUUUAAAGGAGUAGUUUCACCAUAUUAAAACAAGUGAUUCAUGUAAACGGGUUGGCCUUCAAAUCAGGGACUUUUUUUAAAAAUACCUUAAUGUAUAAGUAAUUACAUUCAGAAAUGACUUUCAAAGCAACAAUAAAUAAGGCUUUCUAAAGGUGAUAAACAUGA